ACUAAAUCUUCCGUUCACUGCCAUACCUGUCAUAUAUUUCAAAUUCAAAGCAAAAAGAAAUUGUAAACUUAUUUUAUAGCAAGUCUUAUACCCUAUAUUACGGCCUAACCAUGUGCUUCAUAAUGGUUGGUUGCAAGUACGUAGCUGACAUCUACCCGGUGCAGUUCGUCAAGACCGCACAUCCCCUGUCCGUGGGCCUGGUUCUGGUGGGGACCGCUUUCUUUCUAUCCGUGGAGAUGUUCCUCAUAGUGCCCAUGAUUUUCGACACCGGCGGAGUGAUGUACAAGCUCGCCUGGCUGGUGGCCGUAUUCAUUGUGUACAAUGUACUGGGAAACAUGCUGGCCUGCUACCGCACGGACACUUCGGUGGCUUCGCUGCCCAGGGAUCGCCAGGUUCCGGAGCCGGAGGAGGAGCACCUGUGGCACCACUGUGACUACUGUCAGACGCUAGUCCCGCCCAGAUCCUGGCACUGCAGACUGUGCAAUUGCUGCAUUUUGAGGCGGGACCAUCACUGCAUCUUCACAGCCACUUGCGUAGGGCACAAUAACUACAGGUACUUCUUCUGGUUUAUAAUCUACUUGACUGCCGGAACAUUCUUGGCCCUGGCAUCGCAUGUGCUCCUGUUCCUUAUUAACAAGGAAAUGCGAAGACAUUACAUGUUAUUUCACAUAACCAACGCUUUUUCAUUUGUCGAACCGACGAGAAAGUUUGAUCUUACGUUCGUUUGGAUAAACUUAAUUUUCGUUCUCAACGCCUACGCCUUCACUUUUUCCCUCGUGAUGGUGGCCUACCAAAUACCCACCAUAUAUCUGAACACCACGUUCUAUACGCAAAGGGAUUCCCAGUACAAUAGGGGUUUGCGAGAGAACUUUGGGACUUUUAUGGGAAGCCGAGGAGUCUGGACUUUUUUAUCGCCCACCAUCAGGAGUCCCUUGCCUCACGAUGGAACGCAGUGGGAAACCAGGAAGCCAAGUGCUACCAUUUGUGAAUGUUAAUAGUGACAUGCCUAAGCACAAAAUUUAUAGAGUCAUAAAUUAUACGGAUUAUUUUAAAGCCGAAAGAAAUCUAGAAAUUAUAUAUCAUUGUAUAUCAAUUGGAUUUUUUAAAUAAUGUAUAAAACAAUUUCAGAA